AUGAAGACAUCAAAUGUUCUCGUCCUCCUCUUAGUCCUGCUUUACAUCAACGCCAGCACAGAAUGGCCUACGCACACAGUCUGCAAGGAGGAGAACUUGGAAAUAUAUUACAAAAGCUGUGAUCCGCAGCAAGAUUUUGCUUUCAGUGUUGACCGUUGUUCUGAUAUCACAACCCAAACCUUUAACAUCAGAGCUGCAAUGGUCCUAAGACACAGCAUCAAGGAACUGUACAUCAAGGCUGACCUGAUCAUAAAUGGGAAGACUGUCUUAAGCUACUCAGACACGCUUUGCGAGCCGGGUCAUUCUAAGCUUGUUUUCUGUGGAAAGAAGAAAGGAGAACACCUCUACUACGAGGGACCAGUCACACUGGGAUUCAAGGAAAUCCUACAGGGAGAUUACACGGUUUCAGCGAGGCUGACUAAUGAAGAUCAUGUCACUGUCGCUUGUGCCGAUUUCACCGUGAAAAAUUAUUUAGACUAUUAUUAGCAGCAAAUACAUUUCGUGAAAGCUUCAGACUAAGCUAUUCAAGCCAAGUGAGCUGCUUGUAUGCAGUGAUUCUGAAGGAAAUAACCCUCACAUCCUGGUUCUGAUGCUAUCCCUCUUCAUAAUUCAUUAUUUUGAAGAAGUCACUAGACCCUCUA